AUGCGAAAGGAAACGCCGCCCCCACUAGUGCCCUCGGCGGCCCGCGAGUGGAACCUUCCCCCUAAUGCGCCCGCUUGUAUGGAACGACAGUUGGAGGCUGCGCGGUAUCGUUCUGAUGGGGCGCUCCUGCUCGGGGCCUCCAGCCUGAGUGGCCGCUGCUGGGCUGGCUCCCUCUGGUUGUUCAAGGACCCUUGUGCCGCCCCCAACGAAGGCUUCUGUUCCGCUGGAGUACAGACGGAGGCCGGAGUGGCUGACCUCACUUGGGUUGGGGACAGAGGUAUCCUAGUGGCUUCCGAUUCAGGUGCUGUUGAAUUGUGGGAGCUGGAUGAGAAUGAGACACUCAUUGUCAGCAAGUUCUGCAAGUAUGAGCAUGAUGACAUCGUGUCUACAGUCAGUGUCCUCAGCUCUGGCACACAAGCUGUCAGCGGUAGCAAAGACUUCUGUAUCAAGGUUUGGGACCUUGCCCAGCAGAUGGUACUGAAUUCAUACCGGGCUCACUCCGGGCAGGUCACCUGUGUCGCCGCCUCUCCCCACAAGGAUUCCGUGUUCCUUUCAUGCAGUGAGGACAACAGAAUUUUACUCUGGGAUACCCGCUGUCCCAAGCCAGCAUCACAGAUGGGCUGCACUGCCUCUGGCUACCUACCUACCUCCUUGGCUUGGCAUCCUCAGCAGAGUGAAGUCUUUGUCUUUGGUGAUGAGAGUGGGACCAUCUCCCUUGUGGACACCAAGAGUGCAAGGUGUGCCCUCAGCUCAGCUGUCCACUCCCAGUGUGUCACUGGACUGGUGUUCUCCCCACACAGCUCUCCCUUCCUGGCCUCUGUCAGUGAGGACUGCUCACUUGCUGUGCUGGACUCGGGCCUUUCCGAGGUGUUUAGAAGCCGAGCCCACAGAGACUUUGUGAGAGAUGCUACGUGGUCCCCGCUCAAUCACUCCCUCCUUACCACAGUGGGCUGGGACCAUCAGGUCACCCACCACAUCGUGCCCACGGAGCCUCUCCCAGCCCUUGGACCUAAGAGUGUUGCUGAGUAG